AUGCUAUUGAGAUUGAGACCUGAGUUUUUGAGUUUGAAUGCAGAAUAGAGAAUUCGAAUAAUGUUUUACAUAAACUCAGAUUAGGUUGAAGAAGAUGAUGUAUAUAAACUAUUAAGCUUUUUAAUUGUCAACUUGGCUAAGCAACAUUUGAAUUACCCCAUCCUUGUAUUCUCUUGUCAUAAAGAGUGGUAUAUUGAGAAGGAAUAAUAUUUGAAGUUGAAAAAGUUUUACAGGAAUAUCUUCUCAACUUUAGAGAAGGAAUGUGCCUUGGAUUUUAGUUUAAUGUAAACAUCCUUCUUUGAUUUCUAAUUGAAAUUCUCGAAGGACUAAUAAUUCUAUGAGAAGGAAAAUUAGGAAGAAAUAUCCAAUUCAAUGAUAGAAGAGGGAGAAGACAAAUCAGAAUUACUUUGA